GAAGGGAAAGAUUAUUUUUGAAAUAAAUAAGUUAGAACUGAAAAGUUAAAAGUUUAUAAAUGAAAAGUAAAUAGGCUUGAGACAUAAUUGAAAUAAAAUUGGGAAAAGUAGACUGAACGGGAUAUUUCCACGACAAAAAAUGACUAAAGCCCAAUAAUCCAUCGCGCGUCACUUCUCCUCCUCUACGCAGGCUACGCUCAAAUCCAUGUCCAGAAGCUCCAUAGGCCAUAUCCACAAGCCAUAUGCAUCUGUCUGCUCCCUUCAGAUCCAUGGCCGGCGUCGCCACUGGUCUCGUUCUCACUUCUCACCACUGCUCGAUGAAGACCAGCCAGGAGCCGCCGCCCUCUACCACUCGUCUGCCACUCGAACGACGCCGGAAACCUCUACUUCAACGAGGUCGGCCGACAACGAAGAUGGACACAGCGCAGCUCCGCCGCCGCUUCCCUGCUGCUGCAACUCAUACUGUCUGCUUCUUCUGCUUCUUGUUUCUCGAGAGCAUAGCAACUGAUUUCGAUUGAUUUCUUCAAUUGAGAUUUGGACUAGGAGAACAGGCUCAGGGUUUGGUUUUUGUUAAGUGCGAUUAGGAGGAGGAUUUUGCAAUUGAAAUUAUUGGCUAUGGAUGGAGGAAGUUGUUGAGGGCGGGCUUGGGGGGUGUGAUGGGAGGAUUGUGGUCCGACUUCGGGCCGCUGCAGCUGGCAAGGGUGCAGUGGUAGUAUGGGGUAGGUUUACGGUGGUUGUGAGCGAGUUGGGGAAGGUGGUAGAGAGGGUAGGGCGGCUGCCGGCUGGCCACCUAACUGGAGGCGGUGGUGAGGUUACUGAAUGUGACCAGAGACGUGAGGGCGAUGGUUGUCGGGGGCUGUGGCUGGUAGUGGCAGCCAGAGAGGUGCAAGGGCGAGAUAUCGGAGACGGGGCGCUUGGUCACUAUUAGGAGGCGGCGAGUCAUAGACGGUUGUGAUCGGUGGUGGCCGGCAGUGGGCUGGUGGUGGUGUAUGGUUUGGCCGGAAAAACGUUGCUGCAAAAUUUUCGGAUCGUUAUAGUGACAUGUUUCACGACAAUAGUGACAUGUUUUACAGCAGUAGUGACAUUCAAAGCUCAAAAGUGACAUAAAUAUCUAUUAUUGACAUAUAACAAUGACAUAAAAAUCCGACUACAUAAAAAAAGUAUAGUGACAUCUUUGUCACAUCUUUGUCCUUUUUAAAAAAUAGUCAUAUUUUAGAAAAUCAGUUUUAAUUUGGUAAUAUUCAAGGGAAAAGCCCAUAUUGUUAUUCAAUUAUUUAAACAACUAAAUCCAAAAAAGUAAAAAAAAAAUGUAAGAUCCAAAUUUUUCGAGAUAUAGCUAUUUUAGGUUUGAAUCUCAAAAUUAAACAAAUGAAACACUAGAAGAUUAUUGAGAAGCAAGGGUGGGAGAGAAGAAGAUGGAAGAGGAGGAAGACAAUAAUUACCGGAGAAGACCGUCGUAGCGCUAGAGACUGGAGUUACGGCACAUGGCCGGAGUGACAUUGCAGAAGAGAAACCGACCACCGACGGAAGAGACCGGGAGAGAUGAGUUGGCCGCCAUUUUCUCCACCUUUGAAAUCCACGGUAAAGAAGAACUUGUAGAGUUGUAGAUGUGAAGAUGGGAGAGUAGAGAGAUGUCAAUUGAGGGAUGAUAGAAUAGGGCAACCGGUGUAAAGGG